CUGGAAUAACGACGCUCGCGAAACAGUUCCGAAACUUUGGGGAAGUCUACGCGCCGGACAUGGAUACGGGCACGCUGGGCUUGGUGCUUCUGCUCGCGACGGCGCGCGGCGUCGGUGCCCAGCACACAGCCGUGCAAAUGGGACAUGCGGAAAAAGGCGGCUGCACGUUCGACGACGGCCCUGCGCAGUGUGACUAUCAGCAGGACCCGUACGACGACUUCGACUGGACCCACGUCAGUGCCCAGGAGGCGCCGUACCUAUCCCCCGACCUGCCCCAGGGUUCCUACAUGAUGGUACAGUCCUCCCAGCAUGACCCUGGGGAGAAGGCCCGCCUCCUGCUGCCUGUGAUGAAAGAGAACGACACUCACUGCAUCGACUUCAACUACCUGCUGCACGGCGCUGAGGGCCCUGGCCCCGCCCCCGGCACGCUGAACGUCCUGGUGAAGGUCAACAAGGGGCCCCUGGCCAACCCCAUCUGGAACGUCUCCGCCCACACAGGCAAGGACUGGAAGAGGGCGGAGCUCGCCGUCAGCACCUUCUGGCCCAAUGAGUACCAGGUGAUAUUCGAGGCUGAGGUGGCAGCAGGAAGGAGAGCUUUUAUUGCGAUCGAUGAUGUCCAGGUGUUGAGUUACCCAUGUGAUAAGUCUCCUCAUUUCCUGCGUUUGGGGGAUGUGGAGGUGAAUGCAGGUCAGAACGCUACUUUUCAGUGCAUCGCUACCGUGCGAGAUGCCGUCAACAACAAACUCUGGCUCCAGAGGCGUAAUGGUGAUGACAUCCCUGUAGCUGAAAAGAAGAACAUAAAUCACAGGAAGUUUGCUGCCUCCUUCCAUCUCAAGGAAGUGACCAAUCAGGACCAAGAUCUGUACCGAUGUGUCACCCAAUCAGAGAGAGGAUCUGGGGUGUCCAACUUUGCUGGACUCAUUGUGAGAGAACCACCAAGGCCCAUUGCUCCACCCCAGUUGUUGGGCGUGGGCCCCACCUAUCUGCUCAUCCAGCUCAACGCCAACUCCAUCUUCGGUGACGGCCCCAUCAUCCUGAAGGAGGUGGAGUACCGCAUGACGGCGGGCGCCUGGACCGAGACGCACGCCGUCAACUCGCCCAACUACAAGCUGUGGCACCUGGACCCCGACACCGAGUACGAGAUCCGGGUACUGCUGACCCGCCCGGGCGAGGGCGGCACCGGCCAGCCGGGCCCCCCCCUCGUCACCCGCACCAAGUGUGCCGAGCCAAUGAGAACCCCCAAGAGCCUGAAGAUCGCGCAGACGCAGGCGCGCUUCAUCGCGGUGGACUGGGAGUCACUGGGCUACAACAUCACACGCUGCCACACCUUCAACGUCACCAUCUGCUACCACUACCAGCGUGGCGGGAACGGGAGCCGCAGGGCGUGUCUGGACAUGGACCCCAAAGCGCCCCGCCACGUGGUGCCUGCCCUGCCUCCCUACACCAACGUGAGCCUGCGCAUGAUCCUCACCAACCCAGAGGGCCGCAAAGAGAGUGACGAGACCGUCAUCCAGACAGAUGAGGAUGUUCCUGGUCCUGUUCCUAGCUCCUCAUUGAAAGCAACUUCGUUUGAGGAUCAAAUCUUUCUACACUGGAAGGAACCUCUCGAGCCCAAUGGAAUCAUCACACAGUAUGAGAUCAGCUACAGUAGCGUGCAAUCCUUUGACCCCUCCGUGCCAUUACUAAGGCCUCCGGUGACGGUGACGUUGCUAUGGAACGCCUCCCAUCACGUGUUCUCGCAGCUUCACCCUGGCACUACCUACCAGUUCCUGAUCCGAGCGCGAACCAGCAAGGGAUUCGGUCCGCCCACUACGGUCAACGUCACCACCAAUAUAUCAGCGCCCACCCUGGAGGAGUACGACGGACCGGAAGCCUUCCUCAACGAGACCACCACCACCAUCACAGUGCUACUCAAACCAGCCCAGGCUAAAGGGGCUCCAAUCAGUGCCUAUCAGAUCGUGGUUGAGGAGCUCAACCCUCAUCGGACGCGGCGUGAGGCUGGCGGAGUGGACUGUUACCAGGUGCCCGUGUCCUAUCAGACGGCGGCGAGUGGCGGGUCGCCAUAUUACUUUGCGGCCGAACUUCCGCCAGGGAACCUUCCGGAACCAUCUCCGUUUACGGUGGGGGACAAUAAGACGUACCACGGCUACUGGAAUGCCCCCCUCGCACCCCGAAAAAACUACAACAUCUACUUUCAGGCCGUGAGCAGCGUGGAGAAGGAAACGAAAACGCAGUGUCUGAGAUUGGCAACUAAAGGUGCCACGGAGGAGCCGGAAGUGAUCCCUGAUCCGGCCAAGCAGACAGACCGUGUGGUGAAGAUUGCCGGGAUCAGCGCUGGAGUUCUCGUCUUUAUCCUUCUACUGUUAGUGGCCAUUUUAUUGGUGAAGAAGAGGAGGACCUACUAUUCUUACUCAUAUUACCUGAAGCUGGCUAAGAAGCGCAAGGAUGCGAUUGGGAACACGAGGCAGGAGAUGACACACAUGGUGAACGCGAUGGACCGCAGCUAUGCUGAGCCGAGCACGCUGCACGCGGAGGAGCCCGUCUCGGUCACCUUCAUGGACUCGCACAACUUCAGCAGCCGAUUGCCAAAUGAUCCUCUUGUGCCCACUGCCGUGUUAGUGCCCAUCACAGACGAGAGUCAGGCCGCAGCGGCGGCUGCCGCCGAGAGCAGUCGACUCUUGGACGUCCCACGCUACCACUGCGAGGGCACGGAGUCUCCAUACCAGACGGGACAGCUUCACCCAGCCAUCCGCGUGGCUGACCUCCUUCAGCACAUCAACCUGAUGAAGACCUCCGACAGCUAUGGCUUCAAGGAGGAGUACGAGAGCUUCUUUGAGGGUCAGUCGGCCUCCUGGGACGUGGCGAAGAAAGAGCAGAACCGCACCAAGAAUCGCUAUGGCAACAUCAUCGCAUACGAUCAUUCUAGAGUGAUCCUACAGCCAAUGGAAGACGACUCGGCCUCCGACUACAUCAAUGCCAACUACAUAGAUGUAAGUGGUGAUGCCCCUCCCCUCUCCACUGGCGAAGGUGUCAGAAACAGCUCUCCCUCGCUCAUUUGGCUAUACAGGGAUGGAUACCAGCGGCCCAGCCAUUACAUCGCAACACAAGGUCCUGUUCACGAGACGGUGUAUGACUUCUGGAGAAUGAUCUGGCAGGAACAGUCGGCCUGUAUCGUCAUGGUAACCAACCUGGUGGAGGUGGGAAGGGUUAAAUGUUAUAAGUACUGGCCGGACGACGCUGAGGUUUACGGCGACUUUAAGGUGGCGUUUGUGGAGGUGGAGCCACUAGCUGAAUAUGUGGUGCGAACCUUCACCCUGGAGCGGAGGGGCUUUAAUGAGGUUAGGGAGGUGAAACAGUUCCAUUUCACCGGCUGGCCUGAUCACGGAGUUCCGUAUCACGCCACAGGACUACUUUCUUUCAUCCGCCGUGUCAAGAUGUCCAACCCUCCCAGUGCUGGGCCUAUUGUGGUUCACUGCAGUGCUGGUGCAGGCAGGACAGGAUGUUACAUCGUGAUUGACAUCAUGUUGGACAUGGCUGAGCGGGAGGGAGUAGUGGACAUCUACAACUGUGUUAAAGCGCUCCGAUCCAGACGGAUCAACAUGGUCCAGACGGAGGAGCAGUACAUCUUCAUCCACGAUGCCAUCCUGGAGGCUUGUCUGUGCGGAGACACAGCCAUACCGGCCUGCGAGUUUAAGGUCGCCUACUACGACAUGAUCCGCAUCGACUCCCAGAGUAACUCCUCCCACCUCAAAGAUGAGUUCCAGACGCUGAACUCCGUGACCCCUCAGCCUCAGCCGGAGGACUGUAGUAUCGCUCUGCUGCCCCGUAACCAUGAGAAGAACCGCUACAUGGACAACCUUCCUCCUGACCGUGGCCUGCCUUUCCUCAUCACCAUCGAUGGGGAGAGUAGCAACUACAUCAACGCUGCUCUUAUGGAUAGCUACAGGCAGCCAGCAGCUUUCAUAGUGACCCAACACCCACUGCCCAACACAGUGAAGGACUUCUGGAGACUAGUGUACGAUUAUGGCUGCACCUCUAUUGUCAUGCUCAACGAGAUCGACCUGGCUCAGGGCUGUCCUCAGUACUGGCCAGAGGAGGGUGUGCUCCGAUAUGGGCCAGUGCAGGUGGAGCGUGUGUCCUGUUCCAUGGACUGUGAUGUCAUCAGCCGCCUCUUCCGAAUAUGCAAUCUGACCAGACCACAGGAGGGUUACUUGAUGGUUCGUCAGUUCCAGUACCUUGGGUGGGCGGGGCAUAGGGAAGUCCCGCCCUCCAAGCGAUCGUUCCUGAAACUGAUCCUCCAGGUGGACAAAUGGCAGGAGGAGUGUGAGGAGGGGGAGGGGCGUAUGAUCGUACACUGCCUGAAUGGAGGAGGUCGUAGUGGAAUGUUUUCUGCGAUCAGCAUUGUGUGUGAGAUGAUCAAACGCCAGAACGUCGUGGAUGUGUUCCAUGCUGUGAAGAGCCUGAGAAACAGCAAACCCAACAUGGUGGACAGCCUGGAGCAGUACAGGUUCUGUUACGACCUGGCGCUGGAGUACAUCGAAACCUUGUAAUGAAGAAACCAGGGAGGAACCACUUGCUAUGGAACCAUCUAGCUUCUCAUUGUCCCACCCAGACUGGUAUCUCAGUGGCACCGUCCAUGUGCUCCACAGCAAUUGCUGUUGUAAAUGUGACGGGAGCAGGAUUGGACCGUUGAGUGUUGGAGUGUACACACACACAGCAUGCGCACACACAAACACACACACACACACACACACAGUCUGCUGCCAUGGCCCUCCUGGGCUUGGCCUUAUUUUUGUUGUUUUGGGUUUUUUCUGUCGUUAACGCUGUUAAUGCUAAGGCCAAGCUGUUGCUGAAAGUGACCUUUCCUUUGAGCUCCGUCUCACACACACACACACGCACGCGCGGUUUUAUAUAUCAGUAUACGUAUAUAGAAUAUCCAUUGUUGUGUAAAAUUAAAAUACAAGUAUUAUCCAUGACUCAGAAUGAAGCGCGUGACAUCGGGUUGGUAACGUUUGUAUUGUGCAUUAAUGGCUGGCUUAUUAAGGUUUUGGUUUAGUUUGUUGUUUUCUUUUUUUAUAUAGCAGAACUAUAAUUGUAAGCCAAAGACUUGUGUAAAUAUGUCUAUAUAGAUAAAGCACAUUGUUACGUUGUUUGUAUUUAUUCUUUACCUGCAUCAGUUUUUUGAAGGCUCAAAACAAUCAUUGUCAUUCCGAGUUGUUUACCCAAAUAUUUUACCCGUAAACAUUUAAUUGUACAUUUUGUUUUAGCUUGUUUUUCUAUUUUUGUUUCAACAGUAGUGUAAUGUUUUGGUUAAACGAGUUUUAAUGUUUGUAACUGUGAUGUUUAAAGUGAUUCUCUUUUUAGUGUAGAAAUAAUGCUCAUUUUCUCUCUCUCUCGCUCGCUCUCUCUCUCUCUCUCUCUCUCUCUCCCCCCCUCCUUCCUUUUCCCUCUUGAAGUGAUGCCCAUUCAGGAUCUCACAGAAGAAUCUUUAUUUUUCUGACAUUUUCACGCUUGUAUUGAACUUUUUCUUUUUUGGAAGUUAAACAACUGCCGAGUAAAUCAGUGCUGAUUAAAAGUCCCAGUAUUAGA